CAUUUUAUCAAAAUAGAUUCUGCUUUGUUAGCAACUUUAUCCCCGGAGGGAAAAAUAAGUUGAGGCGAAACGGUUGACAUCAACAGCCACACUUCCUGGUACUUUAGCUUUCAUCAUGGGUUUUGAAACAUGCGGUCCCAACGAGGCAAUGGUUAUUUCUGGGUGUGGACAUGAAAGACCAUUAUUGAUAUCCGGAGGUCGAGUGUGGGUUUGGCAUGGCUUGCAAAAAGUACAAAAAAUCAGUUUAAAUGUAAUGACAUUAAAUGUGGACUCACAGAGAGUAUACACACUACAGGGUGUUCCCAUUUCGGUGACAGGCAUUGCUCAGGUCAAAGUUCAAGGUCAAAAUGAAGAAAUGUUACACGCUGCCUGUCAGCAGUUUCUUGGAAAAACUGAAACUGAAAUUCGAAAAGUGGCUUUGGAAACACUGGAAGGUCAUCAGAGAGCCAUCAUGGGUACAAUGACCAUUGAAGAAAUUUAUCAAGACAGAAAAAAGUUUUCAAAAUCAGUGUUUGAGGUUGCAUCGUCUGACUUGGUGCAUAUGGGAAUAAGUGUUAUCAGUUAUACUCUUAAAGACAUCCGUGAUGAUGAGGGAUACCUUCAUGCUUUGGGUCAAAAACGUGUUGCUGAAGUACAAUGUGAAGCUCGUAUUGGUCAAGCAAUUGCGAAAAUGCAGUCUGGAAUAAGAGAAGCUGAGGCAGAAGAAGUCAGACUGAAGGCGGAAUUUAGAAACAAAGCAGAAGUGGCUGGAGCACAAAGAGAUUUCCAAGUCAAGAAAUCCACAUACGACAUGGAGGUUAAUGCUAAGAAAGCUGUCUCAGAAUUGGCUUACGAGUUACAGGCUGCCAUCACAAAACAAAGGAUUAAAGAAGAAGAGAUGCAAAUCAAAGUUGUUGAACGUGCACAACAAAUCAAUUUACAGGAGCAGGAGAUCUUACGUCGUGAGAAAGAGUUAGAAGCUCAAGUACGCAAACCUGCAGAUGCAGAGAAGUAUAAAGUUGAAAGGAUUGCAGCUGCUAACAAGAACAAGAUUGUGCUGGAAGCAGAAGCUGAGGCUGAAUCGAUUCGAAUUCGUGGAGAAGCUCAAGCCUUCGCUAUUGAAGCGAAAGCCACAGCAGAAGCAGAACAGAUGUCUAAGAAAGCUGACGCGUGGAGAGAUUAUCAAGAAGCUGCUAUGGUUGACAUGAUGUUGGAGACCUUGCCCAAGGUGGCUGCUGAAAUUGCUGCACCGCUCUCCAAGGUGAACAAGGUAACUAUGAUAUCCACGGGGAGCAAGGAUGUUGGUGCUUCAAAGAUCACUGGUGAAUUAUUAGACAUCGUGAUUAGAAUGCCACAAGCUAUGGAACAACUUACUGGCGUUGACAUCACCAAGAGCUUCCGUAAAGGUGCGCGAUAAAUCUACAGAGGACACUACUUAACUUGGUAUCUGACAAAUAUCGUAGUUAUAAUGUAGAUAAAGGAAUUAUGCGAAUUAUAAUAUGCGCUUCAAUUUGUAUUUAAGAAGAUGUAUAUAUAUACGACAAACUAUUUGCUUGUCUCUUAAUUGUUAUUUUCAUCGGUUUCAAUGUCAUGCUCAGCAUUUUAUCGUUUCUUAAUCAGUUUUCUUUAUCUUAUUCUCUAAAAGAAUUAAAUUUUUUAUUCUCCAACUUCGCGGUAGAACCUGGUAAAUCGAGUUAGUGUGUUUCCGGUUAAUCGAGACGAUAUGUUUUGCGAUAAAUCGUGAUGGUGGUUUGAAUAAGUAGAUGUUAUUGAUUAUAGUUUUUAUAUAUAUCCAUUUUUUUUUAUUUUACUGUUGCUAUAUAUUCGCUAGCAUCAGUUUAUUUACCAGUCCACUGUAAUUUAUGUUUGUAUCUUAUGUAGCCAGUAUAUCCAGCUCUUGUUCA